AAGGGGCGGGGCCUAAUACUUCCGGGUUCGACGGCGCUGGGUGGAUACGCACGCUGAUUGGAGCCAUACGGGAUUUGGCCGAUGACGCUUCAAAACUUCACAAUACGAGUAAAGCCAAGUGUUGACAAACGCCCAAAUUCACGUCUCACCUCAAAGCGCUGUUUAACGUGUUUAACCAAAACAAAGUCUGACAGUCGACGUCGCCAGCUGGAAAGAACCCAGAAGAACGGGGAGUGACGGCGGACAUUCACACAGCGUCCUGGUGUGAGCACGCACCGUUCCGACAGAUGGAGCUGCCGCCUCGGCCGACGCUGUUUGACUUCCAUGGCGUCUCCAUGUCCAAAUACUUCACAGACAACUGGGACAACGUGCAGAACUUCCAAGCCCGGCCGGACGAUGUCCUCAUCGCGACCUAUCCUAAAGCAGGAACCACGUGGGUCUCGUACAUCCUGGACCUCCUGUAUUUUGGCCAGACGUGUCCAGAGCGUCAGGCAUCUGUCCCUCUGCAGCAGCGAGUGCCUUUCCUGGACAUCAGCCUGCCGUCGUUACCCACAGGCACAGACUUGGCAGAGCAGCUUUCCACGACGCCGCGGCUCAUUAAAACUCAUCUCCCAGUCCAGUUCGUACCCAAAUCCUUCUGGGAGCAGAGCAGCCGGAUCGUCUACGUCGCCCGUAACGCCAAGGACAAUGCAGUGUCCUUUUACCACUUCAGCCGGAUGAACAGAGCUGCACCAGAACCUGGAGACUGGAACACGUACCUCAGGAACUUCAUGGAUGGAAAGGGUGCGUUCAGAGCUCAGCAUUACUCCAACGGAGCUCACUGGUCUAAACAUUUGUUGGUUCAUAUUUCAGUGGUGUUUGGAUCCUGGUACGACCAUGUGAACGGCUGGUGGCAGAAGAAACAGACAUAUUCAAACAUCCACUACAUGUUUUAUGAGGAUCUCAUUGAGGACUGUGGCAGAGAGAUCGACCGACUGUGUUCCUUCCUUGGUUUGUCUCCAACACUGGAGGAAAAGAACAGAGUGAUGACUGACGUGAAGUUUGACAAUAUGAGACAAGACCAAAUGAUCAGUUUUACCACCGUCAAAUACAUGGACCAAAGCAUUUCCCCUUUUUUAAGGAGAGGAAAAGUUGGUGACUGGAAAAAUCAUUUCACUGUGGCCCAGAACGAAGAGUUUGAUGAGGACUACAAGCAGAAAAUGAAGAAUUCCUCACUGACGCUACGUACGGAACUUUAGGGCCCGGCUACAGAUACGUGUAUGUGAUCAAGUAUUACAAUGAAACAUGGGCCACACAGUAUAAUGUGAUGACAGUGAUUUUUAAAGUAAAAUGAUCAACAAAUAUUAAAACUUUAUAAAAUAACUGUCA